CAAUCCAAACAGAAAAAUUUUUACAUUUUACCAAUAAAAAUUAAAUCUAUUUUUAUAAAAUUGCUUUAUAACUAAAUUCUUAAAAUGGCGCAAAAUUUUCUGUACAUGUUCGAAUUUGUGGUCGAUGAUCUGUUGAUAACACGGCCAAAUCAUUGCGCCCCAGAGGAGUACCCCACGUGCUGUGAAAUCUCUUUUCGUUCAAGCGUAUUUGUCUCGAUAUGUGAUCGCGAAUUUGGUCAAUGUGUCGACACUUGCGCACCGAAAUGCGGCAAAUGCUGUCUCUUCUCAUUGGAGUCACCCGUAACCGAUAAGGAUCGUCUGCUAAUACACAUAUAUAAGAAAAAGACCGACAAAUGUAAAUUCCUUGUUGGUGCCACAGAUAUACCCAUCAAGCCACUUUUCGAUAAGGUAACAGAAAGUUUCAACAUUGAAAAUCCAAAUUGGAUGGAGCAACUGGCUAAACAUACAGCACGUAUGCCAGAUCCGAAAACUCCAUCGAAGACGACAGUCGUCGAUAAUGAUUGCGAUGAAGAGACAUUUGGACGACGUGAACAAAUGUGCCCUACAUCGGAGUUGACGAAACGAUUGCUGCCACUUUUCAAUAUGAAACACAUGCAAACCGGAAAUUUAGUACUGAUUAUGCGGCUUGUCUGCAAUGGACCGACAAUUGUAUCCAGUUUUCCCUUCUCACGCAUUUGUUCAACAGGCUGUGGUAAAAAGACGACACCAUGUCCUUCCACAUGUCCGGCAAUUGCACCGUCACAGGCGAAACAAGGCCCUUGUCCUAUGCCGGAUCCUUGCAUACAACCGGACAAGAAACCACCGGUGUGUCAACGGUAUUUCGCUUGUAAUGCCGACAAAGGUUGUCCUUGCGAUGAGUGUGAAGACUAUUGUGAUAGGGAGUGCCCAACUGGUUGCAAGAAGAAGAAAAAGAGAUCAACACCAAGUACUUGCUGCCCACCGCCACCACCCUGUUGCACGCCGUCACCGCCGCCUUGUUGCCCACAACCAGACCCUUGUCAAAAGAAAGAACUACCCCGUACGGACAUGUGCCAGAGAUACUUUUCCAACGAGCCGAAGGGCUGCACAUGUGAAGAAUGCAUGGAUGAAUGCGAAGCGGAAAGCACCGAAGAAGAAUCUGACUCUUGCCAACAAUGUUGUCCACCUCAGAUUAUGCCGCCGUGCUUCGUUGCACCCACCAAACCGGAACCGGGUCCAGAGGCCUACGAAGAAUUUGAGGCCUGCCUAAAUGGCAGUGGUCUGGUAAUACGUGUUCUUAAGAAUACACAUCAAGUGGAGAGCGUUGACGACGGUAUGCAAGAUAAUUUGGAUAGUGGAAGCGAUUGUGAGCGGAAGAAUGCGGACAACAACGCCAACAAUCGUUGCGAGACAAUUAACGAUAUCUUACAACGUAGUAGUUUCGCGAAAAAUCAUGUAAAACGACGCACUAACGGUCAUAUUAUAAAUGGACCAAAAUUGCCAAAAAUUCGUGCGAACAUCAAAUAUGCUGGGAAUGACACUUGUGAGCCGGAUAAUUAUUGCGUACCUUUCAAUAAAAUAAAAUCCAUUUGCAAUGCAGAGCAAAAGCUGGAACUCUAUCGACGUAAGGGACCAUGUUGUACCGACGAUUGUGGUCCGAUAGCACCACCAUUGCACCCACAAGAUGUACGAAACUGUUGUCUACAAGUGGAUCCGCAAGAAAUUAAGGACACUUUGAAGGGCAUAAAUGCCGAUACAAGGAAGAAAGGCAUCGAGGUUUGUUACAAAACCUGCGAAGACACUGAUAGCGAUGUUUUUCUGGUGAAACUGGGCAAUAAACAGCAACAUCGUCAAAAACGAAAUACAAUUGAAAUCGAGUUGAAGACACCGAAACAACCGAUUGUGUUGCCCAAACAGAAAAUGACAACUGAAACACAGAUUACCGAUAAGGAGCUGGACGAAGCGCUUGCUGCACUCUGUGGUGGUAAGAAAAAGGGAAAGAAAGGGAAAAAGGGAAAGAAGAAGAAGAAAUAAAUAACAGUAAAAAAUUAAUGAAUAUUUCGCGCUAAAAUCAAAAUGUAUUUAAAUUGAAUAUUCAACAUUCUGUUUAAAUCGAAAAAUUUAUCAUAUUUACAAUUAAUAAAAAAUGAAAUAAAAACAAAAAAAAACAACA